AUGGCUGUCACUUUAAAGAAUAACACUGAUACCGUUACAUUGAACAAUGGCGAUAAAAUCCCAGCAGUUGGUUUGGGUACUUGGCAAGCUACCGAAAAGGAUGCUGCUUACAAGUCUGUUAAGGCAGCUUUACAAAAUGGUUACAGACAUAUUGAUACUGCAGCGAUUUACGGUAACGAAGAAGAAGUUGGUAGGGGUAUUAAAGACUCUGGGGUACCAAGAGAAGAAAUCUAUGUUACAACUAAAUUGUGGAAUGCUGACCAUAAGAAGGCUGAAGAAGCAUUGAAUACUUCCUUGAAGAAAUUGGGUUUAGACUACAUCGACUUGUAUUUGAUUCAUUGGCCAUACUCUGUACAACCAGACACCAAGCAACCAUACAGUGACUGGGAUUACUUGGACACUUACAAGGAAUUGCAAAAACUUAAGGCAACUGGAAAUGUUAAGGCUAUCGGUGUUUCCAAUUUCACUGUUAAGCAACUUGAAAGAUUAUUGGCUGACAAGGAUAUCACUAUUAAGCCAGCUGUCAAUCAAAUUGAAGCACACCCAUUAUUGACACAACCUGAAUUAACCGAAUACUUGAAGAAGAAUGAUAUUGUAAUUGAAGCUUAUUCUCCAUUAGGUUCUUCUAAUUCUCCGUUAUUUAAGAAUGAAACUGUCGUUGCUAUUGCCGAGAAAUACCAAGUUGAACCUGCUCAAGUAUUGGUUUCCUGGGCCAUUCAGAGAGAUACCGUUGUCUUACCAAAAUCGGUAACCGAAUCCAGAAUUAUCUCCAAUUUAAAGACAUUUAAAUUAUCCGAUGAAGAUUUUAAUACGUUAAAUAACUUAUCGCAAAAGGAUGGUGUUGUUAGAACUUGUAACCCAGAGUUCAACGACUUUGAUGAUUAG